AUGGCCAUCUUGCUUAACGUGUUUCAAACAGAGCUCCAGAUGAAUCAGGUCUCCUCCAGCCCCAGACCAUGGCCCCUUCCUCAGCUCCCAGCCCCUUCCUCAGCCAAUUACCCUUCCUCAGCCCCCAGCCCCUUCCUCAGCCAAUUACCCUUCCUCAGCCCCCAGCCCCUUCCUCAGCCAAUUACCCUUCCUCAGCCCCCAGCCCCUUCCUCAGCCAAUUACCCUUCCUCAGACCAUGGCCCUUUCCUCAGACCAUGUCCCCUUCCUCAGCCCCAGGCCUCUUCCUCAGUCCCUGGCCCCUUCCUCAGUCCCUGGCCCCUUCCUCAGUCCCUGGCCCCUUCCUCAGCCCCAGGCCUCUUCCUCAGUCCCUGGCCCCUUCCUCAGACCAUGGCCCUUACUCAGACCAUGUCCCCUUCCUCAGCCCCAGGCCUCUUCCUCAGAACAUGGCCCCUUCCUCAGACCAUGGCCCCUUCCUCAGUCCCUGGCCCGUUCCUCAGACCAUGGCCCCUUCCUCAGACCAUGUCCCCUUCCUCAGCCCCAGGCCCCUUCCUCAGACCAUGGCCCCUUCCUCAGACCAUGUCCCCUUCCUCAGUCCCUGGCCCCUUCCUCAGACCAUGGCCCCUUCCUCAGACCAUGGCCCCUUCCUCAGCCCCCGGCCCCGGCCCCAUCCUCAGACCAUGUCCCCUUCCUCAGACCAUGUCCCCUUCCUCGGCCCCAGGCCCCUUCCUCAGUCCUUGGCCCCUUCCUCAGCCCCAGGCCCUUUCCUCAGUCCCUGGCCCCUUCCUCAGACCAUGGCCCCUUCCUCAGCCCCCGGCCCCUUCCUCAGACCAUGUCCCCUUCCUCAGACCAUGUCCCCUUCCUCGGCUCCAGGCCCGUUCCUCAGUCCUUGGCCCCUUCCUCAGCCCCAGGCCUCUUCCUCAGUCCCUGGCCCCUUCCUCAGACCAUGGCCCUUACUCAGACCAUGUCCCCUUCCUCAGCCCCAGGCCUCUUCCUCAGAACAUGGCCCCUUCCUCAGACCAUGGCCCCUUCCUCAGCCCCUGGCCCCUUCCUCAGACCAUGGCCCCUUCCUCAGACCAUGGCCCCUUCCUCAGACCAUGUCCCCUUCCUCAGCCCCAGGCCUCUUCCUCAGUCCCUGGCCCCUUCCUUAGACCAUGUCCCCUUCCUCAGCCCCAGGCCUCUUCCUCAGACCAUGGCCCCUUCCUCAGACCAUGUCCCCUUCCUCAGCCCCAGGCCUCUUCCUCAGACCAUGUCCCCUUCCUCAGUCCCUGGCCCCUUCCUCAGUCUCUGGCCCCUUCCUCAGCCCCAGGCCCCUUCCUCAGCCCCAGGCCCCUUCCUCAGUUCCUGGCCCCUUCCUCAGACCAUGGCCCCUUCCUCAGACCAUGUCCCCUUCCUCAGUCCCUGGCCCCUUCCUCAGACCAUGGCCCCUUCCUCAGACCAUGGCCCCUUCCUCAGCCCCUGGCCCCUUCCUCAGACCAUGUCCCCUUCCUCAGACCAUGUCCCCUUCCUCGGCCCCAGGCCCCUUCCUCAGUCCUUGGCCCCUUCCUCAGCCCCAGGCCCUUUCCUCAGUCCCUGGCCCCUUCCUCAGUCCCUGGCCCCUUCCUCAGGCCCUGGCCCCUUCCUCAGACCAUGUCCCCUUCCUCAGCCCCAGGCCUCUUCCUCAGUCCCUGGCCCCUUCCUCAGUCCCUGGCCCCUUCCUCAGUCCCUGGCCCCUUCCUCAGUCCCUGGCCCCUUCCUCAGGCCCUGGCCCCUUCCUCAGACCAUGUCCCCUUCCUCAGCCCCAGGCCCCUUCCUCAGUCCCUGGCCCCUUCCUCAGACCAUGGCCCCUUCCUCAGACCAUGUCCCCUUCCUCAGUCCCUGGCCCCUUCCUCAGACCAUGGCCCCUUCCUCAGACCAUGGCCCCUUCCUCAGCCCCCGGCCCCUUCCUCAGACCAUGUCCCCUUCCUCAGACCAUGUCCCCUUCCUCGGCCCCAGGCCCCUUCCUCAGUCCUUGGCCCCUUCCUCAGCCCCAGGCCCUUUCCUCAGUCCCUGGCCCCUUCCUCAGUCCCUGGCCCCUUCCUCAGUCCCUGGCCCCUUCCUCAGACCAUUUCCCCUUCCUCAGCCCCAGGCCUCUUCCUCAGUCCCUGGCCCCUUCCUCAGUCCCUGGCCCCUUCCUCAGUCCCUGGCCCCUUCCUCAGCCCCAGGCCUCUUCCUCAGUCCCUGGCCCCUUCCUCAGACCAUGGCCCCUUCCUCAGACCAUGUCCCCUUCCUCAGCCCCAGGCCUCUUCCUCAGACCAUGGCCCCUUCCUCAGACCAUGGCCCCUUCCUCAGACCAUGGCCCCUUCCUCAGCCCCUGGCCCCUUCCUCAGUCCCUGGCCCCUUCCUCAGGCCCUGGCCCCUUCCUCAGACCAUGUCCCCUUCCUCAGCCCCAGGCCUCUUCCUCAGUCCCUGGCCCCUUCCUCAGACCAUGGCCCUUACUCAGACCAUGUCCCCUUCCUCAGCCCCAGGCCUCUUCCUCAGACCAUGGCCCCUUCCUCAGACCAUGGCCCCUUCCGCAGCCCCUGGCCCCUUCCUCAGACCAUGGCCCCUUCCUCAGACCAUAGCCCCAGGCCUCUUCCUCAGUCCCUGGCCCCUUCCUCAGACCAUAGCCCCAGGCCUCUUCCUCAGUCCCUGGCCCCUUCCUUAGACCAUGUCCCCUUCCUCAGCCCCAGGCCUCUUCCUCAGACCAUGGCCCCUUCCUCAGACCAUGUCCCCUUCUUCAGCCCCAGGCCUCUUCCUCAGACCAUGUCCCCUUCCUCAGUCCCUGGCCCCUUCCUCAGUCCCUGGCCCCUUCCUCAGCCCCAGGCCCCUUCCUCAGCCCCAGGCCCCUUCCUCAGCCCCAGGCCCCUUCCUCAGUCCCUGGCCCCUUCCUCAGACCAUGGCCCCUUCCUCAGACCAUGUCCCCUUCCUCAGUCCCUGGCCCCUUCCUCAGACCAUGGCCCCUUCCUCAGACCAUGGCCCCUUCCUCAGCCCCAGGCCCCUUCCUCAGACCAUGUCCCCUUCCUCAGACCAUGUCCCCUUCCUUGGCCCCAGGCCCCUUCCUCAGUCCUUGGCCCCUUCCUCAGCCCCAGGCCCUUUCCUCAGUCCCUGGCCCCUUCAUCAGUCCCUGGCCCCUUCCUCAGCCCCUGGCCCCUUCCUCAGCAAACACACAGUGUUUUGAUGAAAUAA